CUCAGCAAGCAAGUCAUUCUUUCGUUCGGUUCGUUCCUUCGUUCUCCGUGAUUGGGAGUCCCAGAACCUCUCUGUAUGUAGUCUGUGUAGCUGACUUGGAACGAAAGGGAAAGCCCUUUCUAGCUAGAGUUGAACGAACACAGGUCUUCAAUUUGGUCAUUGUUUUCGAUAUCUCCCUCUCCAGUCUGGCCAGGAUUGAGUGAUUGAUUGAUUGAUUGACCGCCUCCGGAUUGGGAGACUCAGGCCAGGUGUUUGAUGAGGCUCUCAGUGUGAACCCCAGACACCCAUGGGGCAGGGAUGGUGGUGCUGUUGUGCCCUUGAGCAGGAUUUAGGGUGUGUGCAUGCGAUUGGCCUUGAUUAUGGGUGCAUUGUGCAGCAGAUGUUGCAAUCGAUCCCAUACCAGGGGCGGGGACUCCUUUCGAAAACCCUUGGACAGUCAUAAGCCGUUCUCAGAUCCAUCACCAGUGUUCCCGUUGGAUGGUGGCAAACCGUUCCAUCAGAACUUGGUGAAGCAGAACUCCUUGGGUUCUUCGCCUUACAGCACACAUCAACAUGGGGGCAUGGCCACGGCCGUCACGAUCACUUCGGGCCCGCCCAUAGUCACGAUAUUGGGCGCUAGCUCCGUGGGCGACCUCAAGGUCGAGUCCCACCAUUCCACGCGUCGGAGCUUUGUCAGUUUGUUGCCGCCUUUGGGUCGAUCCGGGAGCAACGAGUUCAAGCAUGGCUCCGAGAGCAAGAUCCAGGCCUUGUUUCUCAAGUACAAGGAUGGCCACGAGGAUGCCAUCCUGGCUCAUGGGGUGGAACACUUUUGUCGGGACCUGGAUCUCCGGCCCGAGGAUUUCCGGGUUCUAGUCUUCGCGUGGAAGUGCAAUGUGGAACAGAUGUGUCGUUUCUCGCGAAGCGAGUUCGUCCACGGGAUGCGGCUCUUACGGACCGACAGUGUUCGAGGCGUGCAAGCCCGUCUUCCCGAGUGCUUGUGCGAAUUGCUCAAUGAUCAAGCCGAGUUCAAAGACUUGUAUAGGUUUACCUUUGGCUUCGGUCUGGAGCCCGGACAGAAGGUCCUGCCCACCGCCAUGGCUGUGAGUUUGUGGCAAUUGGUGUUUUCUCAACGAGAGCCAGUGCUGCUUGGUCGGUGGGUCGAGUUCCUGAAGGCUCAUCCCGAGAUCCGGGGUAUCCCAAGGGACACGUGGAACAUGUUUCUGAACCUCACGGAGGCUGUGGGCGAUGACUUGUCGGUUUAUGAUGAUUCCGAAGCUUGGCCUGGGCUCUUUGACGAUUUCGUGGAGUACGAAAACGACAAUGCCAACCAAAACGUGUGCAAGAACGACCUCAAAUACUUCCACAGACAAGAUGGGAGCAAUAGCCGUGAUGACGAUAAAGAGACGGAAUUCUGAAGUCACCACCUUCAGCCUUCUUUGUCGCGUCGUGUCAUCAAUCAGCCCACCACAGCAACGCAUCAUUCUUCCAGACCCCCUCCCCCCUCCCACUUCCUCCCCGCCCAUUGUUUACCUCGUUUCCCCAAAUAAUGAUGUUCAUUCGUAAUAGUGUUUGAAGCCAUCGAUCGAUUCAUGAUAAAAAGAGUCGAUAACAUACUCGAUGAAUCGUCGAGUAAUGCAAGUGACCGAAUGUUGUUACGGAAGUCCCACUCCGCUGGCCACAUUCUCCUUUAGGAAUUCGAAUUUUGACCAUGCCUUUUCUGUCGGUCAGCCUCUACACCCGCAUUGUCAUAAUACCAUCCCAUUAUCGCCAUCAUUGAAUGUCCAAUGACAAUACAUUGUAAGCAAAAACCA